AUCAAACAGGAAUACUGUGCUCUACUAACUACACUCACAUCGAUUCCCAUUGAAGGAUUUUUUUUCAUUUUCAUCCUCUGAGUCUUUGGGAGGAUGACUAGCAAAAUGAAAUUUGUUCGCUCUAUGAUGAAGGCUGCAGCGCUGGCCAACGUGCCCAAACACAUCGAUCAUUUCUCCAAAUUCUCCCCCUCUCCUCUGUCUAUGAAGCAGUUCUUGGAUUUCGGUUCCAUCAACGCCUGUGAGCGCACAUCGUUUGUCUUCCUGCGUCAGGAGCUUCCUGUCCGCUUGUCCAACAUCAUGAAGGAGAUCAACCUGCUGCCAGACCGGCUGCUGGCCACGCCCUCCGUCCAGCUGGUCCAGACCUGGUACGUCCAAAGCCUGAUUGAGAUCCUGGAGUUUCUGGACAAGAACCCAGAUGACCAGAGAGUCCUGGAGAUGUUCGUGGAGGUCUUGGAAUCCAUCAGGAACCGACACAACGAGGUAGUCCCCACCCUGGCUCAGGGAGUCAUCGAGUACAAAGACGCGUUCGGCCAGCAGGACGCCGUCACCGACCACAACAUCCAGUACUUCCUGGAUCGCUUCUACACCAGCCGCAUCUCUAUCCGCAUGCUCAUCAACCAGCACACUCUCGUCUUCAACGGCAACACAAACCCCGCCCACCCCAACACCAUUGGCUGUAUUGACUCCCAAUGUGAUGUGACAGAGGUUGUACGAGAUGCCUAUGAGAGCGCUAAGUUGCUGUGUGAGCAGUAUUACCUGGGAGCGCCUGAAUUAGAGCUGAGGGAGAUGAACGCCAGCAGAAUCAGAGAGCCCAUCACCAUCUCAUACAUCCCAUCUCACCUGUACCACAUGCUAUUUGAACUCUUUAAGAACUCCAUGAGAGCAACUAUUGAAAACCACGAGGCCAGCAGGACGCUCCCACCCAUCAAAGUUAUGGUGGCGCUCGGCGGAGAGGACCUGUCAAUCCAGAUGAGCGACAAAGGAGGCGGCGUUCCCUUCAGGAAGACAGAGCAUCUGUUCAGCUACUUGUAUUCUACAGCUCCCAGACCCUCCAUAGGAGAUAAACACAGAGCCCCACUGGCUGGGUUCGGCUAUGGGCUGCCCAUUACUCGUCUCUACGCUCGCUACUUCCAGGGAGACUUACAACUCUACUCUAUGGAGGGUUUCGGCACUGAUGCGGUCAUACACCUGAAGGCGCUGUCUACAGACUCAGUGGAGAGGCUCCCAGUUUUUAACAAGACCGCUCUGCGUCACUACAAGCUGAAUUUGGAGGCAGACGAUUGGUGCGUUCCCUCCAAGGAGCCGCUGGAUCUCGCCGUCUACCGCGUCGCUAAGUGAUGAGGUCAUGACCUAAAUUUUUUUAUGACACAAACACUGGCAAGCUGACCAUAAAAUGCCCUGUAAAGACAGCCAUUGUGGGACCAGAACUAUUAGCCCGGUGGUGAAGGGACCAAAAAGUAGCCAAGGAGAUCAAAGACAAAGCCGAGCGUCGGCAUCCAGAAUCGUCUGUGAAUUUCUUCAAUUGGCACGGACAUCUCCUGCUUUCCUUACAAGUGUGCGAUAUACAUACAGGAAGAGAAGAAUGAGGUUGACAUUCUGCGUCAUGAUAGUGAAGAGUCAGAGAUGCAGUGGUGGAAAUCCAAAAAGAGAGAAAGAGAGGGAGAGAAAGAUUGAAGGAUGAAUUGAAAUGAUAGUAGGGCUGAAACAUUUGAAGAAAAUAUCUCAUUAACAUUUUCGGACAAAUAUUGCAAUUGUGACUUAACUGCUAACAUGUCACAUCUGACUGAUAAUCCAUAAAGAAGUAGACAGCUGUUCAUUGUAGCCUCUCUUGCUAACGUCACUUUCUUCACAGACUUACAUACCGUAAUUCUGUGAUAAAUUCACAACAAUGAGCUAACAAAUAGUAAGUAUUUUUAAAAGUUAUGUUUCACUAUCUGCUAGCUAGUGAAACUAUUGUUUCAAACAUAAAAAUGAUACAGAAAGUAGAGGUACUGACAUGCAGAUAGCAUAUUAAUCAGCCAGGAGUUCUUGGUUUAGUCAGUUACUUACAACUGAAUUAAAGAGUGACUAAUUAAUGUUCAGCAAGUGUUUUUACUGCUUGGCUAACAUCAACUCUGUUAAAACUUGCAGUUUCAACAUAGAAUCAUUAAUCAUUCAGCCCUAAAUGACAGAAAGAGAUGUCUUUAUUUUGUAAAGAACUAGCUAAAACUUGUCAGCAGCUGGUUUGAAGUUCUUACUUUGGGAAAAAAACGUAUCAAAGAAAGAUAAUUAUCUAGCUGACACAAAUGUUGAGGUACUUUUUUGGCAUUACUUUGAACCUACAUUUUUGCUAACAGUAUCAACAGCUGACUGAAUGUAUCAAAGGGUUUUCAGGAGUAAAACAUCCUGAUGAAACUGUCUUCCAGUGGAGUCCAGGUUCUUCCAGUCUAACUCAUACCUCAUAUGGAAGAACACUUUUCACCAAAAAGUUAGCCACCCUUGUUGCUGAUUCCUUUUUUUGAGCUUUUUUUUUUAAAAUGUAUUUUUUAGCUAGCAGGAGGUUUUCUUUGGGAAACAUGAAGUGCCAGAGCAUGUUUAGUGAUACAUUGAAUGUCAUGCUACAAGAAACAGAACAUUUCCUCUUUUAUUUGUGUAACUGACCUGCUUUUAGUGUUAAUAGGUCAGUAAGAACACUAUGAAAACUAGAGCAAAAAGGCUCAAUAAAUCCUUUAACUUCCUGCUUUGUGGCCUUGCUAAAUGUCAGUUUAAGUUGAAGAAGAAGCAGCAGACGUUGAGCUGUUCAGUUCAGUUACUGAUAGUGAUACAGAUUAGGGAUCACUGAGUUAUCCAUUCAUUAGCCCCAUUGUUGUUGAAGACGUGUGCCGGGUAAAAACUACAGUACAACAUGUGUGUUGAACUGUGCAUGAAAAUAAUCACUAUAUAAUGUUAUACUGUACGAUAACAUUUACUGUGUAUUCACAUAUAUGUAUGACCCAGGCACUGUGUGUUUGUGUCAUUUGAAGUGUGUGUAUAUCUGAGGUGAGCUGUUCAUUUUAGAGGACUUUUAUUUUUUAUAAAAAGAAAUAUUGGAAAAUAAAAUAUCUUGAGAAGAA